CCCCCUCCCCGCUUUUUUUUCCCUGUUGCAAAAGGAAAGUCAUUGUGGAGGAACAGAGCAGAGACGCGAAUCAAUCCCAAAUCAAUUCCCGCUGUGCACAGAUCCCGUGUGACCCCCGGGACCGUCCCAGCUGAUGUCACACUGGGGGAGACCCUCUCUCAUCGCCCCCUCGGGCACGGGGCAGCGGAGCCUGGGGCUGCAGCAGGCACAGCAAUGCUUCACCUGGCACCUGCGAGGGGCUGGAGCCUGGGCUGGGGGAUGGUGGGUGAAAAGCGGGGCUGAAUUCAGCCCUGGGGGGCACGAGGAGGGUCCCAGGGGACCCUGAGCUGCAGGGACACGCUGUCCCCUGCUCCUGGUGGCAGCCACUGCCCGGCAGCGGGGGGUCGUGGUCCUGGUGAUCCCAGAGGAGCUGCGGUCCCAGCGAUGCCCUUGAGGGUCCCCAGCGCUCCUGGGGGGUCUCUUGGACCCCCAAACUUGGAGGGUUUCAAUCAAAGUCCACUGCAGGGGGGUGUAGGGGACAGCCGUGUCUCUGCUGCUGUCCCCCACUUCCCGAGGGGAACAGAUCCCAGCCAACACCGGGAAUGUCUGGGGGAGAUGUGGGGGUCUCACCGAGGGGACAGCCCCGAAUUUACCCCCUCUGUGGUGACCUUCUCACGGGCCCUGUCUCAUCCAGGGGGGGCUGGGAAUGCGAUUUAUGAUCCCGCCUGAUACGAUCUUAUAAAAUUUCCCGGGCACACUCGAAAUUACAUUUCCAUAGCUCAGGAGCAGCGAUCUCUGCGCGCGCCAAUACCUGCCACUUUUAUGGCUACAUUUAUUGCAAUAAUAAAGUGAAAUGGUGAGGCGAGGGGUGGGGGUGGCUGGGGAGGGGGAGCAGCAGGGCAGAAGUGGGGGCUGCAUUGCUGAGGGCGUGGGGUCCCCCUGUUUUGGGGGGACUCGGGGGAAGCUGCUGCUUCUCUGCCCUCACCUGCUGAAGAGCUGGAAGAGAGGCAGAGGGAACCCCACAGUCUGUUCUGCUGGGGGGAAACUGAGGCACGACUGAGAUUGGGGAGCAUCCUGGGGGGCAUCCCUGGCACUGGAGAUGUGGGAGUGACCUGGCAGCUGUCCCUGCCCUCUGCAAUUGUCCCCACACGCUGUCCCCAUGAGCUGCCCAUGUCCCCACAUCCUGCGCAGCGUCACCGGGGGUGACCAGGAGGAGCCCCCACCCCGGUGACCCCCAGGAGGAGCUGGGUCUCUCUGAAGUCAGCCAAGGGGGUUCCAGGCCUCAGGUCAGCUCAGGGAGGUGCUGGGUGACAGAUGCCACAUGUCCCUGUCCCCCGCCACCCCCAUGUCCCCUCUCUGCUGCCUGCUGCUGCCCACCCGCCCCUCUCCCCCUCCUGCUCCGUUUUUCUCCUGUUUUCCCAUUCAUUCCCUUUUCUCCUCCAGCCCAAUGAGUCACACAAGCCCCGAAUCCUUUGCCUGCUGCCAUCUCCUCCCUUCUAUUAUAUUUUUUUCCUUUGCUCUUAACAGCACUUUCCUUUUUCACCCGUGGGGGGAGAGGCUCAGGAUGUACAUUUUUCCCGGCUUCCCCCCCUCAGCCACCUCCCAGCUCCUGCCUCACCGUGAAACCCUUAAAAGUAAUAAAUAAAUAAAACAACGGCUGAGGAAAGAAAAGGCAGGAAACGAGUGACAGGGAAAAGGAACCAAAACGAAAGAAAGAAGGAGGAGGGAGAAAAAAAGUCCUACUCGGGCUAUGAAAUAUUUAUUAGCCAGCGCGUGCCGAGCGCGUUAAUAAAGCUGCAGCAUUUGCAUAUUUUUUUCUGUCAGCGAGGAGCGAGGUGUCUGUUUGGGGGGUGGAGGCACAGCUGAUCCAAAACCAACACCCCUGGCCCCGUGAGGGUCGUGGUUCUGCUCGAGGUGACACCGGGCAGCACGUCGGUGUCACCAGCAGGACCUCGGGCACACGGCUGCAAGGACCCCGUGGUGGGUUUGGUGGGUUUGGUGGAUUUAGUUGGAUUUGGUGGAUUUGGUGGGUUUAGCUUUGGUGAGCUCGUCCAGGCUCUCCUCUGGCUGAGGAGGUGCUGGUGUCAGAUUCACGUGUCCUGAUGCUGGGGGUGCCCAUCCCAGUGUUGGGGUGCCCAUCCCAAUGCUAGGGGUGCCCAUCCCAGUGCUGGGGGUGCCCAUCCCAAUGUUGGGGGUGCCCAUCCCAAUGCUGGGGUACCCCUCUCCCAGUGCUGGGGUUGCCUAUCCUGAUGCUGGGGAUGCCCAUCCAAGUGUUGGGGUGCCCAUCCCGGUGUUGGGGGUGCCCAUCCCGGUGCUGGGGGUGCCCAUCCCAGUGCUGGGAGUGCCCAUCCCAAUGUUGGGGUACCCCUUUCCCGGUGCUGGGGUUGCCUAUCCUGGUGUUGGGGGUGCCCAUCCCGGUGUUGGGGUGCCCAUCCCAGCGCUGGGUGUGCAUGGCCAAUGUUGGGAGUGCCCAUCCCAAAGUUGGGGUACCCCUUCCCAGUGUUGGGGUUGCCUAUCCCGGUGUUGGGGUGCCCAUCCCGGUGUUGGGGUGCCCAUCCCAGUGCUGGGUGUGCAUGGCCAAUGUUGGGGAUGCCCAUCCCCGUGCUGGGGGUGCCCAUCCAAGUGUUGGGGUGCCCAUCCCGGUGUUGGGGUGCCCAUCUCGGUGCUGGGGUUGCCUAUCCUGGUGCUGGGGCACCCCUCCUGGUGUUGGGGGUGCCCAUCCCGGUGUUGGGGUGCCCAUCCCAGCGCUGGGUGUGCAUGGCCAAUGUUGGGAGUGCCCAUCCCAAUGUUGGGGUACCCUUUCCCGGUGCUGGGGGUGCCCAUCCCGGUGCUGGGGGUGCCCAUCCCAAUGUUGGGGUACCCCUUUCCCGGUGCAGGGGGUGCCCAUCCCGGUGCAGGGCGUGUCUUGCUCCCCUGCCCACCACCCUGUCAGGGGCUGUGGCCGCAGCAGCGCAGAAGGGGCAGAGGAAGGACAGAGGGACACUUGAGGUGGCCUCAGAGCCCCUCUCCAGGCAGGAUCCAUCCAGCUGUCACUGUGAUGGGACACGUGGCAGGGUGGCCAUGCAUGGGUGUGUCCUGACUUGUCCCUGUGUGCCACCUCUUCCCCUGUCCUUUUGCCCUUCCUCCUUUGCCAGUAUCUCGACUGGGAGGGAUCAGGUGUCACCUCCCCAGUGCCCCCAGUCCCCUGCUGCCAGCCCAGCAGCACACCAGCCCUUUGUCCUGGCACCAAGUGCUCACCAGAGUGGUCACUUGCAGCUCAGUGUGGCAGCAGCACGGCCACACUGUCCCCAGCUGUCCCCAACCGUCCCCAACCUGUCUGGUGGGGAUGGGGACAGCGUGGCUGGAAGGAUGGGGACAGCCACAGGGAUAGGGAACGAGCUGGCACUGGGGAUGGGGACAGGGAGGGAAUAGGGACUGGGACAGACUGGUGGUGGGAAUGGGGACAGGCUGGCUGCUGGAACUGGGGCAGGCUGACUGUGGGGACAGGGACAGGCUGGCAGUGGGGAUGGGGACAAAGUGUUGGUAGAGAUGGGGACAGGCUGGUGGCAUUGAUAGGGACAGGCUGGCACUGGGGAUGGGGACAGGCUGGGUGUAAGGAUGGGGACAGGCUGGUGGCGUUGAUGGGGACAGGCUGGGUGUAGGGAUGGGGACAGGCUGGUGGCAUUGACAGGGACAGG